GGAAGCAAAACUAAAUUCAAAAAUUAGGUUUAGAGGGCACCAAGUUAUCCCGAUUAUGUGGGCCACAUAAAGCCACGGAGCCGCCAUAAAUAAGAGCUACACAACCAAGCCCCCACCACAGAAUAAACAAUCAGAAAUAGAUCUGGAAAAAUGCUUAGCGAAACAUCGGGAACUUCUUCGAGCUCUGCGGGAAUGACAAGGACCACCAUGCCACCGGACCAACGGGUUCUCUGCGACUGCGAUAAACCAGCAAUGAUCAGCCAAGCGUGGACCGACGCAAACCCAGGGAGACGUUUCUACCGCUGCGGCGCAGCUUGGAGAAGCGUGUGCGACUUCUUCCAGUGGCGUGACCUCGAAAAACCACACGGUUGGCAGAAAAGUGCUUUACUGGAGGCGCGGGAUGUGAUAAGAUCGCAGAAAGAGGCGAUAAAGCUGCUACAAGAAGCCAAAAAAGAGGAAACGAAAACCGAGGCGGACAUUGCAAAACAAGAGGGAGAAAGUUCGAAAGAGAAGUUGGAGAAGGAAAUCCUAAUCCUUAGAAGUGAACUUCAGGCAAGCCACCAAGCGGAACAGACGCUCCGCCACUUUGUUCUUAUAUCGUGGGUUGGGUUUAUUUGUGUAGUGGCGACGGUCGUCCAUGGAUUAAGGUAAGACGAUAACCAAACCCCGACCCAACGGCGGGCAAGUUUAAAUGUACUUAUGUCUAUAGCUAGCUAAACUACUAAGUAGAGUUAUAUUUCGUUGCCUCUCGAUCAAGUACAAGUGCCGAUGUAUUUUAAUCAAUAGUUAUUAAACUA